AAUGAGCAAACUUCACGUUUACUAUUUGACAGUUGAUGUCAGUUUACGUUUUGGCAUGUUCCAAGUGAAAACAUUGAGCUAGAUUUUAAAGAAAAUUAUAUUUUCCUCUAUCUAUUAAGACACACACGGUAGUCACCAUGAGUUAUAUGCUGGGGCAUCUUCACAAUGGCUGGCAGGUAGACCAGGCCAUACUCUCCGAGGAAGAUCGCGUUGUGGUGAUUAGAUUCGGACACGACUGGGACCCAACAUGUAUGAAAAUGGAUGAGGUGCUGUAUAGCAUUGCAGAGAAAGUCAAGAAUUUUGCUGUUAUCUACCUAGUGGACAUCACUGAAGUUCCUGAUUUCAACAAAAUGUAUGAGUUGUACGAUCCAUGCACUGUGAUGUUCUUCUUCCGCAACAAGCACAUAAUGAUCGACUUGGGCACCGGUAACAACAAUAAGAUCAACUGGCCGCUCGAGGACAAGCAGGAGAUGAUCGACAUCAUCGAGACCGUUUACCGCGGCGCCAGGAAGGGCCGCGGUCUCGUCGUCUCGCCCAAAGACUACUCCACAAAAUACAGAUAUUAGUUUACUAUUCGUUUGUUUGUGACUCAUUUGAACUUUGAGAUGUAAAGUGCUGUGGAUAGGUCAAAUUAAUAAAUAAGUUCGCUCAAGAAUCGCUCACUACUCCAUACUGACCCUGAGACCUCACCCCCGAGUCAAGGGUUUCUGUAAUCUACCACAAUUCAAACCAAUAUCUACGGAAUGUACAAUCCCCUGCCUUGAAGUGUUUAUCUAACCGCGACGUCUAUUGUUACUGCUGCACCUAAUGCGCUUGUGAAUACCAUUUCAGAAUAUUUAACUUACUACACAAUGAAAACAUUGCUAUUAUUUAACAAAUUGUUUACAAGAGCAUUGUUUUAAAUGUUCUCUGUAGUGAUAUUGUAAUUAUAGAAUAAAUAUAAUAAUGA